GAUUCCUAUUUUUCACCCCAAUGGCUGUUGACAUCUUCAGGAGUUUUUUUACAUCGACGCUGACUUUACAGGCCGCUUUAAUACUGCAUGCAGGACGUUCAGGAAGGAGUCCUUUUCCCAGUCUUUGCUCAUCCCCGAAAGACUGUUAGUUUUCCUUUUCUCAAUUGAAAAUAUAACAAGAAGCAUGGAAUAAAAAGCUUUAGGUGUUGUAGUGACUUUUUGGAUGCUUACUUAAAAAUAGUGGAUGCGAAACCUAAACUCUCUUGCUGAACUAAAAGUCCAACAACUUUUUUCAUCCAUUCCACAUACAUACAAUGAGCUACACUGUGUAUAAUCGAAAAAAAGAGAAUGUUGGUCCUGUACUAACUGUAUAAUGAUCAAAAUGAAUUCCAUGCUCGAGGACGUCUCUCUUCCCGUGUCUGAUGGCCUCCCUCUAGCGGGUGCGCCGUCGAAGGAGCGCAUCUAUUGAAGAUGACGGGCAACAAGAUGUAGGACAAGCAGAUUAGCAGGUGCUUCGUGUCGGCGGGACGAACAGCGAACAGAAUCAGGUGAAGACCCUGUGUUUCGAGGAGUUUAAUCAGGUGAAAUCCCUUUGUUUCGGGCAUUCUAUUCAAGUCGCAAACUCCUGUGGUUUAGCCAGAAUCGCACUGUUGGACUGGGCAAAGGCUACUGUAGUAACUACAUCAUCUCAUAUCCAGCACAUCACUCGUAAAAGACGAUGCCGUCCACUAGCACGACCACUGCUUCGAUUUUGAGGGACAUGAGCAGGGGCCGCUCAAAGUCGAGAAUACUCAACAAGCUAUCCAAGAGUGGGCAGCACAAGAAAGAUGUCAGCCUGGAGCGGAAGGAGGUAACAUCUGAUUUCGUGUACAACUCAGAAGUCGCACUGAACUUACAAUUACUUACUUAUGUUGAAGACGAACAGCUCUAGCGCUACGUCUACUCGUGGGCUUUUUUAGAACGUAUCUCACCUUAGACAUCCACUUUUUUAGAUGUAGAAGUAGAAGCGAGAUUCACCUCACCUUCCAGGUACGCCGUAAUAAGAGCCGUCAUUCGUCGGUUGCGCUUGCGCCAGCUGACAAAAACGCAAAAGAAAAGAAGGCUCGUAAGUCUAAGAGCAGCACAAGGACGGCGACGAGCACUGAAGAACAAGAAAAAGAUCGAACGAGUAGAAGCAGGAAAAGCAAGAGGGAGAGCAAGAGAAGUGGGAGCACCACUGCUGAAGUCAAGAAGACCACUAGCAGCACAAAGAGCACGAGUGGGAGCACCACUGCUGAAGUCAAGAAGACCACUAGCAGCACAAAGAGCACGAGUGGGAGUGCGACUGCAGAUGGAAGUAAGGCGGUUACCAGGAGUGAAAAGAGCUGCAAAAGUGGUAGUAGGAUCGCGCCUACGCUACACGAGCUUAUCGCGGCAAAAAAGAAUCAUCAACAGACGAGUAUUUCAACACGAGGAGCUACGACCACUUCUGGCGACUUUUUUUUUGCUCCGACGACCAGAGUCAACAGAGUAGAUCAAGUGGAAGAAGUCAAUGGCGUUCGUACGACUGGCAGAGUCAACAGCGGGGUAGUUCUUCAAGAAGUCAAUGGCUUUCGUACGACUGGUGGAACUGUCGAUGUUCCGAGGAACAGAGGAGAGCUUUAUUUUGCACAGAAACUCUACGGGAAGGAGACUUUUCUGGAUUUGUUGCCACCUGAUCCAGCUACAGAAGCAGCUAAAAGACAUAGGAGUGCGAAAGUAUUUUUAACUCGCUAGAAGACCUUCUUCAUCUAAGAAUUUAAUUCAAAUGUUCAUCUUCAUCAAAAAUCAGCACAACAAGAAGUUAAUAUUUCUUCAGGCAGCCGAACGGGAUUCGAAGUCUACGGCAAUCUUCCAAAUUCCAUCGUCGAGAACGAGAAUUGGCGAAGUGUCGAAACUUGCACAAGAACACUGGAAAGAGCAUGUGGUUGGAAAGAAGAGAAGGGAAUUGCCAACCGACCUGAAGGGUAUUGCGACAUUUUCUGCAUACUUCAACUUGGUGAUAAACCAUCCGAAAAACCAAAAGUGGUGGGAGAGACAACAACGGACUGUGAGGAGGACUCUGGGGGACCGAGGGAAUGAAGAGGACCCUGCAGCUGGUAGAGAAAAUGAAAAUGUUCUUGAGAGGAAAGAAAAAGACCACAGCCAGCAAUGUAACGCAGCAUCUGCUGUGCGUGGAGUAGAGGAGCCUCGUCGACCGAAGAUGCAUACCACAACAGGAGAUGCGCCAAGACAACAAGAGAGGCCUCCAGCAUCUCCGCGUCAACUACCUCAAGAAGUGGAACCCAUUCGUUCAACAAGAGAAAUUAUGCAAGAAGGACGAAGUAAGAGUAAUCGCAAGCGGUAUCAAUAUCUUGAAACGACGACCACCACGAAAGGAGCGAACAAUAAUCCCAUCAACAAGAACUACAGGAACUUCUUCUAUACUUCUCAGUCAACAGACAAGAGUACAGCUGCUCCUGCAACGACUGCUCCUUCGAGGUCGAGAAGGUUUAGCUUCGUCUCUAUAUCUUCGAGUGGGAUCAGCGAGGAACAAGGCGGUUCGGCGUCCUCGUCGAGUUGCUCGCCAGACGUACCGAGGAAAAGAAUAGAAGCGGACAAGCGUGGUGUUUGUAGUAAAGAUCCACCAGUCAGUAGUACGACGUCCAUAUUAAGAGCGUCAACCUCACAGAUGUCUCAGAAGAAGAUGACUACCUCCACUGCCCCACCGUCUUCUGCCGCACCAAGUAUGCGUGGAGUGCAGCUACAGACGUCGUUGGCAAGUCGUGGCCUGCUACCACCGAGACGUAAAGUGUCGGGUGCGCAAUAUGGAUGAGUUGCGAGUACUUAUCAUCAAGGACACUCUGCUGACUCGUCCUCGCACAAUAAAGGUCACAAAUCAUAAUUGACGAAUCGGUCUACGCUUUUUUUCCGCCGGUAUGAGGAAUAAUUGUAGUGAAGAUCCCCAGCGCCAACAAUCUACUUCAUGUGAGUCAGGAGUUUAUUUUUUUGUGUCCAGGGUGUUCUUUUCGAUUUCGCGCGAUCCCUCCAUCUUGAACAAUAAAAGAUGUUUCUUCUGUGAAGAACACUCACAUCCACUUAUUCUGUGAAGCUACCAGAGAUUGAGAUCCAUUCCGGUCAACGCGGCUGACCUCCGCAACAUUAUUUGUGACCAACAAAAGCACCGGUGGUCGGUCAAGCCCCAUUUACUUAUACACGAUACAACAAGGACAUCGAUGAUCCUUUGUUGAGGUUGAAU